AUGCAGUUAAUCAACAUACUAGUGGUGCUAGCGCUGGCGACGGUGGUGUCGACCAGGCGCAAGUGGACUUUUACUCUGCGUGACCUCAUGCAGGCAGAGUGGGACGAGUACAAGCUUCGUUACAAGAAAGUAUACAACAAUGAAACAGAAAAUAUUUUUCAUAAAAAGAUAUAUGUGGAGAACAAGUUCAACGUGCUCUUCCAUAACUUGCGCUACUAUAACGGCAAGACAUCCUUCCGCUUGGGCAUCAACAAGUUCUCGGAUAUGCCUGUACGUCAAGUAGAACACGCCAUGAACGGGUAUCAACGACGAACGUCUCAGCAACAACCUAAAAGCGAACCUACCUCA